CCCUGGGCCUGGAUUCUGAUUUCUGCGCGAGUUGUAUUUGAAGACGGAAGACUGAGUCACUGAGCUCGUCGGCGUGGAACUGAGUUUGUGGCUCGCUAGAGUCUGCUUUUCCUGUCCAUUCAAGGGCAUUGUUGGGGGUCCUAAGAUCAGCGUUGCACUGAAGGCCAGUCAGCAAAGCAGUGAGGCCUCAUGGACCCUGCCAGACGUGGGAAGCUUUGCCACAGAGGAUGUAUGAGCUGACACUGUGACUUUCUCCAGUAAAUUCCUAGAUCUGACCUCUCACAGCCAUGGGGGAUUGGAACCUGCUGGGAAAGCUCCUGGAAAAAGCCCAGGAGCACUCCACCGUCGUGGGGAAGGUGUGGCUCACUGUCCUGUUCAUCUUCCGCAUCCUGAUCCUGAGUGCUGCGACAGAGAAGGUGUGGGGCGACGAGCAGUCGGGCUUCACCUGCGACACCAAGCAGCCUGGUUGCGAGAACGUAUGCUACGACAUCACUUUCCCCAUAUCUCACGUCCGGUUCUGGGUGCUGCAGAUAAUCUUUGUAUCCACACCGACUCUCAUAUACCUGGGGCACAUUCUUCAUCUUGUCCGGAUGGAGGAAAAGCAGAAGGAGAAAGAAAAGGAGAGAGAAAAGGAGCACAGUCAUCAAUCAGACAAACAGACUCUCAUUGUGGAUGUGAAGCACAAGAAGGCUCUGAUAAGAGACAAUAAGGGACGAGUGCGCCUGCAGGGGGAGCUCUUGCGCACAUAUGUCUUCAAUGUGAUCUUCAAGAUGCUGUUUGAGGUGGGCUUCAUCGUGGCCCAGUACUUUUUGUACGGCUUUGAGCUCAAACCCAUGUACACAUGUGACAGACCCCCCUGCCCCAAUGUGGUUAACUGCUACAUAUCCCGCCCCACAGAGAAAACCAUCUUCAUCAUCUUCAUGCUUGGAGUGGCCUCUGUGUCUCUGUUCCUCAACCUCAUAGAGAUGUACCAUCUGGGUUUUACCAAGUGCCGCCAGGGCAUCACCUUCAGGAGGCGCAACCAGUCCCAUGAGAGUAUCUCCAAGGAGCCCGGCGAGACUGCAGUGCCGUUUGCCCCAAGUUACGAUGACUACUUCCACGGGCACCGCCAAGUCCAGCCCGCUUACCCGCCAGUGCCCUGCUACACCGCGGCCACAGACUCGUCCUUCCACCCCUACCACAGCAAGGCAGCCUACAAACAGAACAAGGACAACUUGGCGGUGGAGAGGAGCAGCAGCAGCAAGCCAGAGGAAUGUGACCUGAAAGGAAAGAAGGGAGCAGGAUCUGCCCCUGGGUCACCUACGCAGGCCAGGCCUGGCCACAGUGCCAAACACAGCAACAACAAGACUAGAAUAGACGAUCUGAAGAUAUGAGGAGGUUUAUGUUUCUCUGAGGGGUCUUAAAAUGUGCGAGGGGAUCAUAUGUUGCUUGGAAGUGUUCAUACAUGCCAAACUGACUCCCCUCUUCAAGAUGGCACUGCUUUGACUCAUUCCAGCUUAGAGGGGAGUAGUAUUUACAGGGCACAGAGAGAAGCCUGAAAUGGAACCACAAAAAAACAGCAACAACAUUUCUGCUAAACUUUCACAAUAAAGGAAAUUCUGCUUCUUUAUAUGUGGAGAAAAAAAGCUGGAUCUCACUUCAGACUGUAGCAUUAAAUGUUAGAUACUAGUCUGUCGCUGCGGCAACAGACUAGUUUUUGUAUCUGUGUUUUCUAAGUUGUGUUGACUGGUAUGAAUCUUUCCACCAUUCAGAGAGAGUCUGCUCAGGUUUACAGUGAGCUCGUCUUUAUUUUUCUCAACGUGUGAAAAAUCUAGAAUUCAGGGCUAGAACUUGCUCAGCACUGACCUGACCUCAUUCGUUGAAAUCAGAUAGGGAGAAAAGUUAAAUUUAACUCCCUUUAAAUGUUUUGAGGUCAUCAUCUAGCAUAGUUCACUUGCUUAGACUUGAAGUAAGGAGUUGUGCAAUACCUGACAAUUUAUUGGAGGCUUGAACUGCUGUUACUAAUUCCAGAGUGCGCCUCAAAAACAGAUAUUGUACGGGUCUCAGGAGUUCCCACAUUUGUACUGUCUCUUUACUUUUUUUAACUGGGGCAGCCAGAAAGUAGGUAAUGAAAAGCAUGUCGAUUGGUUUAUUCUUGUUCAUGUCUGGAUUUGUGGCGUUUGUUUGCUUUGAAGCACUUCAUGACAACCUUGUUUGCAAACCUGCUUGAAAUAAAUUGUCUUAAAUUUGCACUUCAUUUUGUGAUUUAUCACACUGCAACUAUUGAUAUGUCAUAACCCUGGUGAUAAUACAUGAAAACCAGCUGUAAUAUUGGCACACGCAGAAGCUGAAAUGCAGCGCAGCUCUGAAGGCUUCUCUGAAAACGAUCACACUGUUAACGAACACGGGGUCUCUGAAAUUAGGACAUGCCACGUGUUGUUUGACUCAUCAUUUCAACGUGUUUAAAACGGACAUGUUGAAGCGAGAAUAAACACGUGGAAAGUCUUUGCUGUCUGCGUGUCCUUCGCAUGCACAUCUUAUACUCGUCUGUGCCAAGAAGGCACACAUCGCUGGCAUGGAAACCUUGAAACUCAUAGCAUGUACAUCAUGAGGAAGCACCCUUGUGACUCAGUGCUUGAUGCCUCAAGGAGUUCAUCCAUCCAUUUUCUUCAGCUUAUCCAUCCGGGUGUCAUUGUAGUGUUUUCUAGAUUCAUCUAAAUAUCAGUAGUACUGAUACCAAUACUUAUAUCGGUAUGAGAUCCAUACGAGCAUGAUAGGAUCUUUACUGUGUUAUAAAAAUGUCUGAACCCUUUUUGUCUUGACUGUCACGUCUGUUUUAUUUAUAGCCUACAGCGCAUUUAAAGAAAAGUC